UACAUAGUCCUAUGACGUUAACACCGGCUAGUUGACUCGUUCAUCGCCUGCGCCUAUUGCCUCUCACAAACAACCGGACUGAAGUCAAAAGCAAAACCAGUUUAAAUUUAGAUCCCAUCCUGCUUUUGCUCUUUUAACUUCAUCUCAGUUCGCACCGAGUUCAUAACAAGGUACAGAUCAGUCUUUCAACAGGUUGAAUAACUGUCCGAUUAUUUCGUAAUACGAAAUUGUGAUUUUGUUGUGUGUUCUAGUGCCCUUAUCUACGUCCGAUUUGCAACUCGAAAAAUAGGAAAAAUGGGUUGCGCUACAGGACUAGUCAAAUAUCUGGUGUUUAUUGCCAAUCUGGUCUUUGUGCUUGCUGGUUUGGCGCUGGUCGUCAUAGGAGUAGUUUUCAAGUUCAAUUAUCUGAAACAAGUAUCAGUUGAUGGAGUACCGACAGAAUUUGGAGUAGCACCUGUCCUCACCAUUGUGGUUGGAGCUAUAGUUUUCAUCACAGCCUUCUUUGGUUGCUGCGGAGCUAUAAGGGAGAGCACAUGCAUGCUUACAACUUAUGCUGUCAUUCUCUUGUCGAUCUUCAUCAUUCAAGUUGCCAUUGGAGUAUUCGCAUUCCUCCAAGUCAAAGACACCGCCGAUUACAAACAAAAUCUCGAAAAGGGAUUCAGGAAGGCAGUCGAUCACUAUGGUACAAACAAAGAAGCUUCAGAAGCAGUAGAUGCCGCUCAAGUAUUCUUGGAAUGUUGUGGUGUCAACGGACCACAAGAUUAUCAUUUCUCUAAUGGAAGUGUCCCAUUGAGUUGCUGUUCUGCAAAAGUGGAAAGCUGCUCAUCUACCAGCAGCACCGUGCACAGCGACGGAUGUGUCGAUAAGCUCUACAACUUUUUGGAAAAGACUGCGAAUAUUUUAGGAUACGUCGUUAUUGGAAUUGCCGCGACGGAGUUGUUGGGAGCCAUUUUCGGUCUCUGCCUGGCUAGCUCCAUAAGGAACCAUUACCGACGAAAUAUUUAUGCUUGAUUGGAUGAGCAGAGGUGUAAAUGAAACUGAGUAAAUCGCAACAUAUUUUCGAAUUGUACCAUAAGUUUAACCAGAAACAAUCUCGGUCUGAAGUAGAGUUCAAGUUCUGUUCAUAUUUUUUUGUUAUGUCGAUAGCAGUGAAUAUUGAUUUGAUUAUAUAAUUAUUGUGAAACUUGUUGAAGUGUUGAAACUACCUAUUUUUAUAAGGAACUAUAUUUAUUUGAGUACCUUACUAAUGAUAUCAUCACACAUAUAUAGUAUAUUAUGAAUGUUAGAGUUUUAUAUUUUUGGAUAUUCUUGUAAUACGUAUUCACAUGAACUUGUUUAGUUUGAAGUCUUUUCAAAUAUAAAAUUAUAUGUGG